GUUUGUUUUGGGUCUGAUUUGGGUUUGGAUUUGAACUCCUGGAAAUUGAAUUAUUUCAUUUAAAAUGUGAUUUUUCUUUAUUUUUAUUUUUUGGUUUUGGGGCUUAUUGAUUUUCGUCUCAUUUCAUGGAUAAAAACCCAGUUUUUAGUUUAAAACAAUUCUAAUUGAAGGUGGGUAUUCGUUAAUAAAUUGAAUCACAUAGGUUCUUGAGAUCAAGUGUAAUGAAAUUCAAAACUGGGUUGUAAUUUUCAAUGCCAUAUUUAUAUUUUUCUGUGUUUGAUCUUUUCUUUCUUAUUUCUUUUGGUGGGUUGGUAGAAUUCAAUCACAUUGGUUUAUGAGAUCAAGUUAAGUGAAAUUUAAUCAUGGGUUUUUGUUAUUUUAAGGCUUGAUGUAGAAAAAGUUAUAGUUCUUGCCGCAUUUUAUAAUUUUUGUUUAAAUUGUUUCUUUUUUUAGCAGAAUCAAUCACAUUGGUUAAAGGAACAAUUUUAUUACAAUUUGGCAUUAAGUUUGUGUAUUUUCCACGAUUAGAGAAGUCAAUCACAUUGGUUUUUGGGAACAUUGAAAAGUGAAGUGCCUUGGAGAACUGUGUUAUUGGUAUAGCCGAUGAUAUGCAACGAUUAGAGGAUUGGUUUAUAGGUCAAUAUUCACAGUAUUCUUUGUCUAAAAUUGAGAAUUGAGUCAUUGGCUUUGCUUCCAAAUUGCCAUAGCAAAAAAAUAUAUUCUUUCUUGUAAAGUUUUUGGAGACAGAAUUUUUGUGGGGUGAUUGUGAGUGAAUGAGAGGGUGAAAGGAAAUGAAUGAGGAAAUUGGGGUUGGAUUUCAGAUACAAUGACUGGAGGGUCAUUGGGUCUACGUACAGGGAGUUAUGGGUCAUUGCAGAGCAUCAACAGUGUUGUUGUUGGUGGUGGAGGAUUAUUGCAACCUAAAUCUUUGGUUAGUCUACGAAAGAAUUCAACCAAGAUGCUUUCAGGUUCUAGGGAAAAGGAGAGGUCUCUCCCCUACAUUUGGUGCCGAUAUCUAGGUCGUCGGAAGGUGUCAAUGCUGCUUCUGGUUGCCUUUGCCCUUUUGGUCUUUGUCUUGGGUUCUUUUGUAGUCAACAAAGAAAGCACUAGUCCAAAUGUUGAUCAACGGACUGGAACUUUGGGUAUGGUUCCUUAUGUCAAUGGUGCCCCUAGCAAUCCUGAAGCUUCAAGCAUCCUUGGAAGGAAGGAUAAGCAGAAAGAUGAACAUUAUUCUGUGGUAAACGGUCUGAAAGGAGGUGAUGGAAAUAGAUUUUUAGUUCCCGCUUCUGAAGGUGCUACUGUUUUGCCAUUUAACCAUCCAUGUUCGAAUUUCACAUUUCCUCCUCCCCCUCCACCUACCCUUAGACGAAUUGGACCUCGCCCAUGCCCAGUAUGUUACCUCCCAGUGGAUCAGGCCAUAGCUAGCAUGCCAAUCUCCCCAUCAGCAUCUCCAGUGCUUCAUAAUUUGACAUAUGUUCAUGAUGAAAAUCCUAUCAAAAGUGAACCUCAUGGGGGCUCUGACUUUGGUGGAUAUCCAUCUCUAAAGCAAAGAAAUGAUUCUUUUGACAUAAAAGAGUCAAUGACAGUGCACUGUGGAUUUGUCAAGGGACGUAAACCUGGUCACCUGACUGGAUUUGACUUUGAUGAAGCUGACCUUGCAGAGUUGCAGCAGUUCCAUGACAUCAUUGUUGCGUCGGCCAUAUUUGGGAACUAUGACAUAAUGCAACAGCCCAGGAAUAUUAGUGAGGAGGCAAAGAAAAAUAUUCCUUUCUACAUGUUUAUUGAUGAAGAAACAGAAGCAUAUAUGAAGAACAAAAGCAUUUUGGACAGCAGUAAAAGGGUGGGUUUGUGGAGAAUUGUUGUCAUCCACAAUGUUCCUUACAGUGAUGCAAGACGAAAUGGGAAGGUUCCGAAGCUUUUAUUGCAUAGAAUCUUCCCAAAUGUUCGCUAUUCCAUAUGGAUUGAUGGAAAGCUCCAGCUUGUUGUGGAUCCAUAUCAACUUCUUGAGAGAUUCUUGUGGCGCCAAAAUGCUAAUUUUGCAAUCUCAAGACACUACAGACGAUUUGAUGUCUUUGUAGAGGCUGAAGCAAAUAAAGCUGCAGGAAAAUAUGAUAAUUCCUCGAUUGAUGAACAGGUGGAUUUUUAUAAAAAAGAGGGUUUAACACCAUAUUCAGAGGCCAAGCUUCCUCUAACCAGUGAUGUUCCUGAAGGUUGUGUACUCAUAAAGGAACAUAUUCCCAUCACAAAUCUGUUUACCUGCCUGUGGUUCAAUGAAGUUGAUCGUUUUACAUCCAGGGACCAGUUAAGUUUUGCCAUAGUAAGGGAUAAAAUAAUGGCAAAAGUUGAUUGGAGUAUCAAUAUGUUCUUGGAUUGUGAAAGACGCAAUUUUGUUAUACAGGCAUACCACAGAGAUUUAUUGGAGCAAAUGCCUCCACCAGUUGCUGCUGUGACUCAACUCCCACCAGCUUUGCCCAAUAUCAAUACACGCGGAAGAACUCCGGGGAAGAGGAUUCCUAGACAUGGGAGGGAUAAGAGAUCUGGUUCAAGGCGUCACCGUAAGGUUGCUGCUGGUAAUAGAGACAGCAAUUCCUUUUAGCUGCUGUCUGAGCCAAAAGAAAAGAAAGGAAGUUGUAGCUCUUUUUUCUUUUUCUUUUCUUUUUUUUUAACAAAAUCAGAUUGCUUCUAAUUGUCACCAAGGAGUAGGAGGAUUAAUUAGAGAAUUUUAGGAUUACAUAAGGAGUAAAAUGCCACGCAUUUUUGUCUGAAAUUUUGAUAUCUAUUCUUUUAUUAUUGUACAUCCUGAAUGAGCUCCAUACAAGCUGCUGCCAUUUUCAUUGUAUCUUGCUUUGAAUCUUGUCUGUUGCUUCUUUGGAGUAAAAACUUUCGAUUAUCAAAGCCUCCUUAAGGCAGACUUUGACAAGAUCCUGCUCAUGCUAAUCUAUCUAUAGUCCACUGAAGAGAUCAAUGUGAAA